CUGGGACACCCUCCCAUCUCUCCACCCAGCUCUGUUCACAGAGACGCCGCAUGACAUGACGGCGCGGACGGGCGAGGACGUGGAGAUGGCUUGCUCCUUCCGGGGCAGUGGCUCCCCCUCCUACUCGCUGGAGAUCCAGUGGUGGUACGUGCGCAGCCACAGGGACUGGACCGACAAGCAGGCUUGGGGCUCGAACCAGCUAAAAGCAUCUCAGCAGGAAGACUCCGGGAAGGAGGCGACCAAAAUAAGUGUGGUGAAGGUGGUGGGCAGCAACAUCUCCCACAAGCUGCGCCUGUCCCGGGUGAAGCCCACGGACGAGGGCACCUACGAGUGCCGGGUCAUCGACUUCAGCGACGGCAAGGCCCGGCACCACAAGGUCAAGGCCUACCUGCGGGUGCAGCCAGGCGAGAACUCCGUCCUGCACCUGCCCGAAGCCCCGCCUGCCGCGCCUGCCCCACCGCCCCCCAAGCCGGGCAAGGAGCUGCGGAAGCGCUCAGUGGGCGAGGAGGCCUGCAGCCUCUAGACUGAUGCCCCGCCCCCUUUGCCCCCCCCCUCGCUGUACAGAGU